AUGCAGCUUCUCGAUCUAUUGUCUCCGCAUCUCAUUCCCGGCGAGCGGUCUGUAUCGAACGACACCCUGUCGCUGGGCUGGACGACUUUCGCUGGGGUCCACCCUGUAGUUCGAUCUUGGUUGCUUGCUGAACAUGACCGUUGGGCAGACGUCGUUUGCGCUGUUUCUCGACCGCCCGCCGUGGAGACCUUCAUUCGACUGUCGGAUAACGCGCCGGCCACGGUGGAUUUUGAUACGCUCUUCAGUUCUGCUCGCGAGGACGACAUCACUUCCCUUACGUCAUUCUUCUUCAACCCUACCACGUUGGAGCCCACGUCUACCCUGCUCAACGCGCGCGCUCUCUUCGCGAUGGACAUUAUGGACACUGCCGUCACUACGGCUCGCCAAAUGUACAUUGAGUCCAUAGGGCGCGUAUUCAUGGGCCGUACCUUUGUCCACCUGUCUUCAUUGGUCCUUCACAUCCGCUCGGAAUUCCCCUCCUUCACUGCGCCCGCGCUUUCGAGUUUGGAGCUUAUCGGGGUUCGAGUUGUCCACUCUUCGCCCCAUCCCCCGACAUAUGCGCGCGCGUGGAAGCAAACCCCUGUCGCUGCCGUUUCUGACGUCCACGCUUUAAUGCAAAGCGCGCACAAUCUGCGCUCUGUGUCAUUGGUCGACAUCGACGUUCGCGGCAGUGCUUCCUCUGCUCCGCCUCUCGAUCUUCCUUUCCUCGAUCGAUGCGUCUUCGAAUCGCGGUCGCCUUCAAGUUUGCAGAAUGCGCUCGACGUCUUCCGUGCGCAGGAAGACACCGACUUCUUUGCCAUAUGUCGUCUUUCUUAUUCCGAAUCCUUGCCGGACUGGGCUUGGACCGCGUCUGGUCUCGAUCGGAGUGGACCACUGGCUCUUGUUGUCGAAAGUUGCAUGAGCGUUGUGUGGUUGACAUUCAUGACAACAGACGACGCAGCCAAGGCUCCUCGGCCAGUGUAUUGCGAUGCCGUUGACGCUCAUUCCAUCGCUGAGGCCAGAGCGGAUCGCCCUACACUCUUCAUUCGGCCAUUUCGUAUCUCUCGUCUUUACAUACCGCAGAAGGUCACGUCUUACAAACGCGCUCUUACUCGGGAUGUGGACAACUACUCUACGCGCAUCCGCGAUCUUUACGUCGUUGAGAUGGCUUUGAAGCUUAAUGGCGAAGAUGUUUGGUUGCGCAAGUUAAACACCCUCGUGCCCGACAUCCUACGCCCUGCCGCGCAUAUCAGUUCUUUGAUUAUCGAAGACGAGCGGUUCGCUCAUUUACCUCUCUAUGCGCCGAAAUCGUGCUCGCAAGUCUACGUCUAUUGUCGGGAAGACUGGUACGGCAAGUCAUACUUGCAGUUCUUGCCACAGAGCGUCGCAGCUCGACAACAGUUUAUUAAAGACGUCUACGUCGGUGGUGUCAAGAGAUCGAGGGAUUCAAUUGCCAUCUCAGCGUUGCGAGCACUUCCCGUUCAUUUCCAUGACAGGCGGUCCACAUCUUCCCGGCCUGCACCUGGGACGUAUCAUUCUCAAGAGUUGGACUUGGCUAGGGAUAUCCUUCAUUAUCAUGAGUUAAAAGUUCUUGCCAUUGAGGCCGAGUUGGAUAUGGAGCGCAAGAAUUGA